GGUUAUAUAUGACUAAUACUUGGAUUUAUUUUUGAAACUAUUGCCUCUUUCCUCACAACACACGACUGGACUAUUAAAUAACUGGAAAUGCAAUCCACGAUUGACAUCAUAACUAUCAUAACUAUUACCGUUAUAUAUGAUAACAUGACUGGACUAUCAUAACUGGAUUACAGAAAAGACAUCCGCACGUCAUUUAUCGCUACUUUUCAGAAACAAAGUCCAGACACAUGUGCGGUAAUAGCCGUAUGCAUGAGUGGGGGUUCAAACAGUACCGGAGGAGACCUCCCGCUGUCGCCACUAAACCCAAGCGAGACGUUAGAGCCGUCGAAAAGUACGUGGAAUUAGCGCUAAUACUCGACAAAGACAUGUUUGACGCCCGCAAUAUGUCCCGAACCGAUGUGGUCAACGAUGCUCUACAAAUCAUCAACUGUGUGGACGUCUACUUCCGACUCAUCAAUACUCGGGUAUCGGUAGUCUAUGUGGAGACGUGGGCUUACGGUAAUCAAAUCGAUGUGAACGACAACGUUAGACAAACUUUGCUCAACUUUAUGGAAUAUGCCUCCAAAAAACUUUAUAAAGUUCACGCCGAUGCCACUCAUCUACUACUAGGAAAGCCUUUUAGUGGAGGUGAAGUUGGUAUGGCUGUUCCUGAUACUAUUUGCACUGCCAAAGCUGUGGCCAUUAGUAUUGACUCCAGCAUAUAUGAGCCUCAUUUAGUUGCCAGUACUGUGACUCAUAUGUUGGGUCAUAACAUAGGUAUGGGUCACGAUGAGGACAGUAAGGAUGAUAAAAGUAGCUGUAAGUGCAACGACUGGUGGGGUUGUAUAAUGGCUAAGAAUAUAUUAGGUGAAGAUCGUGUACAGCCCUAUCACUUUUCCCAGUGCUCUGUCGAGGAGUAUAAUAAUGCCCUACAGAUGGGUCACGGGAUAUGCCUAUUAAACAAACCGAACCAAUUGGAGGAUUUCAAAUCGUGCGGUAAUGCAAUUGUUGAGGAGGACGAAGAUUGCGAUUGCGGAUCGUUUCACGAUUGUUUGGAAAGGGAUCCCUGUUGUGAUCCAAUCACUUGUAAACUCAAACAGGAAGCCGAGUGUUCAUCCGGACCCUGUUGUGUCAACUGUAAGUUGAAGCCAUUGGGUCACGUCUGUAGGCUUUCCAAUGAUGAAUGCGAUUUGCCUGAAGUAUGUGAUGGCAAAAGUGGGACUUGUCCUCCAGACAUAUACAAGAAAAAUGGCAAUUCUUGUAAAGACGGCAAAGGAUUCUGUUUUCACGGCGAGUGUCCCACUCUUGACAACCAAUGUUCAGUAAUUUGGGGAAAGGGUUCCCGAGCUUCGGAGCUCAUCUGCUUUCAGCAAUUCAAUGCUCAGGGAAAUGCUCGGGGAAAUUGCGGUCAAGACACUAAUGGCAUCCAUCUUAAGUGUACUCAAGAAAAUCUUAUGUGUGGUUCGCUUCAGUGCCAGUUUGGCAAUCAAUCGCCGUUUACUAAAGGCAUGGAUAAGGAGUACUCGCGAACUAUUGUCGUCAAAGAGAAAGUGGAAUACGAGUGCAAAGUGGCCACCGGUUCCAUUCGGGCCGACAUUGAAAAUAUGGGACUCAUACAGGACGGCACCAAAUGUGCUGAUCAUAAAAUAUGUGUGAACCAGUCGUGCACUAGUAUUGACUUUUUCAUAGAACCGGGCGAUUGUCCGACUAGUGAUGUGAAGAUUACGUGCUCUGGACAUGGAGACUGUUCCAACAUUAAUACGUGUGUCUGUUAUCAAAAUUGGAUGGGAGUUGACUGUAGCCAAGAGUCCAAUUAUGUGAUGACCACAGAUGAGCCCAUAAUAGAUAAUCAAACGACAAUAGUUACAAAUCCCACCCAAAACCCAUCAAAUUCCGAGUCCUAUUCAACAGAAAAUACUAUCAAAGAAUACGAAAAUAGGAAAAAGUCAUUGGGAGCCCCCUAUCUGGUCAUGAUAUUAGUGUCCAUUGUUGGCGGAGUUUUCAUAUUUUUUGCGCUGUUGGCCAUGUGUUAUAGACGACAGAGUUUGAAGCCAUCAAAAUCUGAGCGACAAUUGAAGAAACAGUUGAAUAAUCGCAAGUUUUCGGCAAACAAUGAGAGCGAUGCCUACAAUGACGCCAACGUGUCUCGCAUUAUAACGUUUGGAAGUAUGCCGUCCUAUAGAGAGGACAAAAUGCAAGAAAUGAAAAGACAAAAGGAUAGUAUGAGAAGUGAUUCACAGACAGACUUGGAUUCACACAACCGGCUAAUGAACGACACCUCUCAGUUCAUWGAGUUAUCGCCAAACAAUUUAUCCAAAAUUACUCACCAUUUGACGGGUCCGGAGAAAGGUAUACUCAAACACAUCGCCGCCGGUACGGCCACACAGUCUGAGGUCAACCAUUUAAAAGAACGUUGGAGUGAAUUGAGUCACUCGGAUAACAAUGAGAGCCAAUCGGACAACAAUCGCAACUCUGAUGCCUUCAGUGAUAUGGAGCGCCUUAAAGGACUGGGAAAUGGAUAUCACGACGAUAUGCUGGAAGCGCUCCAAUCGUCCAGUGGUCGGUCCAUUGAUUUGGUCCGUCAUCAGAGUCCUUCAUCAGACGCCGCUAARAAAGCCUUCUUAGACUCGAUCCCUGAAUACGGAGGUUUAGGUCAUUUAAAAGCCGAUUCCCAAGUGAGCGGUUCUGAUGAAGACUCAGUGCCUCCCAUCGGUCCAAUUAGGAUCAGAAACCUUGAAGACCUCUUAAGACAGUUAGAGAAACAAUCGCUUCAAAAUACUGGUCUCUCACCUUCCGGUUCCGAUGACAUACGUAUGAGUGAACCGGAAUCUGAUAGACAUUUAUAUAGCAGUAGUGGAGGUCGUGGUAGUCAUAUGCCAUCUGCUCACACAUCAUACCAUUCCUCAGCAUUGAGUGCACUCGAAUCACACUUAGUUGAACAAGACUUGGCAUAUCUUUUAGGCGCUCAUCACCGACAGUCAGACCAUCUGAUGGCUGGUAUACCACCGCCACCGCCGCCACCACAACAGUCAUCAACUUCGAGGAGCUCCAUACUCAUCGGAACGGGAUCAUUGUGUCCGUACACCAAAAAGAUUCAGCAAAUGCAACCGCCAUCGCCAUCAACCACCACAUCGACCACUACGUCCACAGUUCACGACAACAAUCGAGACGAAGACGAGAACGGAAGUGUUUUGGACACUGACCUGAGUGGCGACGCAGCCUUUUAUGGGUCAGGGGUUUGCCAACCAAUGCUUAGAAGUGCCAGUGAAGAGGCCCUUCCAGUAAGCCUCUCCUGUGAUUUUACAGUUAGCGGACAAUUAAGUCUCAAAACUAAAGAGACUUUAAGAUUAAGCUCUGAUUCAUACAAUGGCUUCCCUUCUAAUCAAGUGUUUACCACAUCUGUAGUGCUUCCGCCACAUUGUCCAGAAUCGUCAGUCGCUGCCGGAAGAGCUGCUGCCACAGCAAUUGCCGCAACAACUAUCGCGAGAACAGAUCCAUUACCUGAGACGCCUCUAUCAUCAGAUCCACAGCCAGACACUGCCUCCACAGCUGCAGACGGCCAACAACUACUGCACACUUCCUCGCCAUUGGAUAGAAAGAGUCCAAAGACAAUAUCUCGGUUUACCGUAACACUGGUCACCAAAGACAGUAUCCAUGAGUCCACCACUGAUGACCAAAGCCCACAAAAAGAGAAACAUUUGCACAAAAAAGCUAAGAAAAAGUCAAAAAAGAAGUUUCCGGAGUAUAAAGUUUGAAAACAAUUGACGAGUGGAU